AUGACACAACAAAUGCCUAAGCUGGCAAGCUACAAGCGCAUAAUCCUUUGCGCCGACGGGACAUGGCUGGCGUCUGACCAGGGCGACAAGUCCGUGCCUUCGAACGUCGCGAAGAUCGCUCGAGCAAUUGCGACCAGUGGCCCCGAUUCCGACGGCAACAUCGUGAAGCAGAUCGUGUCGUACCAUUCCGGCCAGGGAUCUGGAGACCUUCCGUUCCAGAAAGCCAUAUAUGGCGGUAUCGGCUGGGGCUUAGAGGUCGACGUGUGCCAGAUCUAUGAUUUCAUCUCUAAUAACUACGAACCUGGCGACGAGUUAUUCUUCUUCGGCUUCUCGCGUGGAGCUUUCACGGUGCGGUCAGUCGCUGGCCUAGUAGGCGACGUCGGUGUGCUCUCUGCAGUGCAUAUGUCGCACUUUGCAGAGAUGUGGAAGGCCUACUGCGGCAAUACGGACGGGGAGCCCUUCAAGAAGACACCGUGGUAUCAGCAGAACAAGGACAAGCUGCGCUUGACAGAAGAUCUUAGGAUUAAAGUUGUUGGGGUUUGGGACACCGUUGGUGCUCUGGGAAUCCCUGAAUGGCCGCUGGUUAGAUACGCCCGGUUCCCAUCAGAUCUGGACUAUGCCUUCCAAGCCCUUGCCAUUGACGAGAACCGGCUAACCUUCCCUCCUACCCUCUGGCAUAAGACCCCUAACGCCCCAGCCAAGGAUCUACAACAAUGCUGGUUUCCCGGCGUCCACGGCAACAUCGGUGGCCAAGCAGAGGAUCCACGUACCGCUGGUGACCAUGAAGAGAUCGGUAACAUUACAUUUGCGUGGAUGGUAGACAAUCUCUCAGGCAUGCUGACCUUUGAAGGAGCCGCGAUCAACGUACUCAUCCAGCAACACCAGCACGCACUGGCCGAGAACAACACCAAAAAUAACGUCACAAACGGCUGGGGUUGCGGGCCCCUCGUUUCUAAUUUCUCUGGGCUACAAGGCGCGUUCUUCCGUAUUCUUGGCAAACAACACCGAACGCCGGGCAACUACCCGCAGGCCCCGGGCGACGGAAUUGGUGGUGCCACGAACGAGUAUUUUCAUCCUAUCGCCCGAAUCCGGAAGAGCAAACUCUCCAAUUACAACCCAAUGUCGCUUUACGGGUAUUCCCUCGAGGAGCCCGAUGGCGAUGCCGGCUGGAAGUGGGUCAAAAAGGGCGGACAGGAGGUGCCCGAGUAUGUGAUGCGCCCGGAGAAGAAGAUGAGCGUGGUGCACGAGGGAGGUUAUAAGACUACACGUAGCUUGUCAAGGUUGCUAUGUCCGACGAUCCUUCUGGCAGAUCUUGAUAGGGAUAAUGGCGUGCCUCCUGAGUGA